GACCUGGGAUGUCAUUUUAUCGGUCGCAGAUUCAGUUGUCGUCUUCGAAAGAGAAUGGUAUAGUAGGAAAGGCAAAAUUGUCCUCACUAUCGGUGUGUCAGCUCCAGGGCAUUCAACAAACAGGCAACAGGGUAUACAAUGUGUCUGCAGGCAUCAAUGCUAAUGUGUACCCAGAGAUACUCCUCAGCUCUUGAGUCGCUGAAGGUCAGCAAUCAGAACCUGGACCAUAAAAUGAGCACGCUACGCUCCAAUGUAUUCCGACUCAAAACCGAUUUGUCGAAGCUCCAGCGCCACGUUAGGGCGUUUCAUAAUGAGCUCUUGACCACAUGGCAGGCUGACACGCUUACCCGGCUGGUUGAAGUUGUCUACGAGCGACAGAAUUGGAAGUUACCAGGAGGGGUCGCUGUCGGUGACCACAUCCACUUGAGCCGCGAGAGACAGUCACGCAUCUUGGCCACUGCUGCGAGGAGGAUCAGAAAGCCGAUACUGAGAAAGAAUUUUGGGCUCUCGGUGCAGUACUACUCGGCUCUACAGAGAUACGACGAGAUUGUCCAACUGCGCAGUACGAACGCUUUUCGGACGGAAUGCACAUUUGCUCGAAGACUAGUCUCAGAAAAGGAGAAUCACUGGGGCAUGUAUCGAUUUUGGGGGGCACUGUUUCCUCUCUGCUAUAGCCGGUCUGUGGAGGAGAGCGCCGAAAUAUUCUGAUAUUAUUCCCGUGGGCGAACGAAAGAGAUUCCUCAUUUCAGGGACUGUCCUGCUUUCUGGUAGUCAUCUCCGAAUAGAUAGCACUGAAUAAAAG